UUUCUCAGCCACACCGUGCAGCGGGUGAGUGCGUGGCGUGGAUGGACUGGUGAAACUGAUCGAAAUUCACUGAAGUCAGCCCAUUUGAGCCUCACGAAACGCCGCCAACAUGCCGGCGUACUUCCAAAGGCCAGAGAAUGCUCUGAAGCGGGCGAACGAGUUCCUUGAGGUCGGCAAGAAGCAGCCGGCUCUGGAUGUGUUGUACGAUGUCAUCAAGAGCAAGAAGCAUCGAACAUGGCAGAAGAUCCACGAGCCCAUCAUGCUCAAGUACCUGGACCUCUGCGUGGAUCUUCGCAAGAGCCACCUGGCCAAGGAGGGUCUCUACCAGUACAAGAACAUCUGCCAGCAGGUGAAUAUCAAGUCUCUGGAGGAUGUGGUUAGAGCUUACCUGAAGCUGGCGGAGGAGAAGACUGAGACCGCCAAGGGGGAGUCUCAGCAGAUGGUCCUGGACAUCGAGGAUCUGGAUAACAUCCAGACUCCUGAGAGCGUUCUGCUGAGUGCUGUGAGUGGAGAGGACACUCAGGACCGUACCGACCGCCUGCUCCUCACCCCCUGGGUGAAGUUCCUGUGGGAGUCCUACCGCCAGUGCCUGGACCUGCUGCGGAACAACUCCAAGGUGGAGCGCCUGUACCAUGACAUCGCCCAGCAAGCGUUCAAGUUCUGCCUCCAGUACACCCGCAAGGCAGAAUUUCGCAAGUUGUGCGACAACCUGCGCAUGCACCUGGGUCAGAUCCAGCGGCACCACAACCAGAGCACGGCCAUCAACCUGAACAACCCGGAGAGCCAGUCCAUGCACCUGGAGACCCGCCUGGUGCAGCUGGACAGCGCCAUCAGCAUGGAGCUCUGGCAGGAAGCCUUCAAGGCUGUUGAAGACAUCCACGGCCUGUUCGCUCUCUCCAAGAAGCCUCCCAAACCGCAGCUGAUGGCCAACUACUACAACAAGGUGUCUACCGUGUUCUGGAAGUCUGGAAAUGCUCUCUUCCACGCCUGCACCCUCCACCGGCUCUACCACCUCUCAAGGGAGAUGCGUAAGAAUCUGACCCACGAUGAGAUGCAGAGGAUGUCCACCAGAGUCCUCCUGGCCACGCUGUCCAUCCCCAUCACCCCCGAGCGCACCGACAUCGCCCGGCUGCUGGACAUGGACGGCAUCAUUGUGGAGAAGCACCGCCGGCUGGCCACCCUGCUGGGCCUGCAGUCCCCCCCCACCCGGCAGAGUCUCAUCAACGACAUGGUGAGAUUUAACUUGCUGCAGUACGUUGUUCCUGACAUCAAAGAACUUUACAACUGGCUGGAAGUCGACUUUCACCCCCUGAAGCUCAGCGGAAGAGUGACCAAGGUGCUGAACUGGGUGAAGGACCAGGCUGAGAAGGAAUCCGACCUGCAGCAGUAUGUCCCUCACCUGCAGAGUAACACCAUCCUGAGGCUCCUGCAGCAGGUGGCGCAGAUCUACCAGAGCAUCGAGUUCACCCGGCUGGCCUCCCUCGUUCCCUUCGUGGACGCCUUCCAGCUGGAGCGCUCCAUCGUGGACGCGGCGCGACACUGUGACCUGCAGGUCCGUAUCGACCACACCUCUCGGACGCUGAGCUUCGGCUCUGACCUGAACUACUCCACCAAAGAGGACGCCCCCGUCGGGCCCUUCCUGCAGAACAUGCCCUCGGAGCAGAUACGCAACCAGCUGACGGCCAUGUCGUCCUCUCUGGCCAAAGCCAUCCAGGUCAUCAAGCCGGCCUCCAUCCUGCAAGAGCGCGAGGAGCAGAACCAGCUGGCCAUCGCCGCCUACCUGAAGAACGCCCGCAAGGACCACCAGCGCAUCCUGGCCCGCCGGCAGACCAUCGAGGAGCGCAAGGAGCGCCUGGAGAGCCUGAACAUCCAGCGCGAGAAGGAGGAGCUGGAGCAGCGGGAGGCCGAGCAGCAGAAGGUCCGCAAAGCCGAGGAGGAGCGUCUGCGCCAGGAGGCCAAAGAGCGGGAGAAGGAGCGCAUCAUGCAGGAGCACGAGCUGAUCAAGAAGAAGACGGUCCGCGAGCGGCUGGAGCAGAUCAAGAAGACGGAGCUGGGAGCCAAGGCCUUCAAGGACAUCGACAUCGAGCACCUGGAGGAGCUGGAUCCCGACUUCAUCAUGGCCAAGCAGGUGGAGCAGCUGGAGAAGGAGAAGAAGGAGCUCCAGGAGCGUCUGAAGAACCAGGAGAAGAAGAUCGACUUCUUUGAGAGGGCCAAGCGUCUGGAGGAGAUCCCUCUCAUCAAGAAGGCGUACGAGGAGCAGCGCAUCAAGGACAUGGAGCUGUGGGAGCUGCAGGAGGAGGACAGGAUCAGCAACAUGCAAGUAGAGCGGGAGAAGGCCCUGGAGCACAAGAAGCGCAUGUCCAGGAUGAUGGAGGACAAAGAAAGCUUCCUGUCCAAGAUCACCGCCGCGCGCAGCUGCAUCUACGAGGAAAAAUUGAAUACGUUCGAGGAGCGCAUGGUGGAGGAGAGGAAGAAGCGCCUGGAGGAGAGGAAGAAGCAGCGCAAAGAGGACCGGAGGAACAACUUCUACCGCCAGAAAGAGGAGGACGCCCAGCGCAUCCACGAGGAGUCGCUCAAGAAAGAGCGUGAGGAUCGGGAACGCGUGGAAAACGAGCAGCGAGAGGAGGAGGACCGCGAGUACCAGGAGCGUCUGCGUAAGCUGGAGGAGCAGGAGAGGAAGCAGCGCGCUCGCCAGCAGGAGAUCGAGGAGCGAGAGCGCCGCCGCGACGAUGAGAAGAGAGCGCCCCCUGAGGAGAAAACCAAGGAUUGGGCCGAUAAGGAGACCGAGAAGGAGGGCGAGAAAGAGGAAGGAGGAUGGAGGAAGCGUACGGACGGCGACUCAGAGCGGCGUCGCCCGGUGCCUGACCGGGAGUGGAGACAAGACGGCCGGGAGGAGGACAAAGAGGGCUCCGCCCGGCGAGAGGGCCUCAGCCGGGGCGGAGACGACCGCGGACCCCGCCGAGGCUUCGACGAGGACCGCGGCCCGCGCCGAGGGAUGGACGAGGACCGCGGCCCGCGCCGAGGUUUCGACGAGGACCGCGGCUUCAGGCGCGGCUUCGACGACGACAGGGCUCCCCGGAGAGGCACGGACGACUCCAGGGGCUCCCGGCGCGGGGGGGCCGACGACGACUCCUGGGGUCCCAGGAGAGGAGCCGACGAGGAGAGGGGCGGGAGGAGGGACGACGGGCCACGGCGAGACGUCGACGACGAGAAGGCCUGGAAGCCCGUGAGCCGCCCCGCUGUCGGAGGGUGGCGUGAGCGAGAGAAGGCCCGUGAGGACAGCUGGGGUCCUCCCCGUGACGACGCCCCCGAGGAGAAGGAGGAGGUGAAGGUGGAGGAGAAGACCAGCGACAGCCUGAAAGACCGCCGCCCAGUCAGAGAGGAGAACACCUGGAGGAGAGCCGAGGAGGGAGGGAGCUGCUGGAGAGACUCUCGCAAAGAGGACGCCGACCGCGAUGAAGGUCGCAGCGAGCGCCGGGAGGCGGAGCCACGUCGAGAGAUAGAGCUGCGCCGGGAGGCGGAGCCACGUCGAGAGAUAGAGCUGCGCCGGGAGGCGGAGCCACGUCGAGAGAUAGAGCUGCGCCGGGAGGCGGAGCCACGCCGAGAGAUAGAGCUGCGCCGAGAGCCGGAGCCACGCAAGGAGGCGGAGCCACGCAAGGAGCCCGAGGUGCGAAGGGAGGCGGAGCCACGCAAGGAGGCGGAGCCACGCCGGGAGGACCGUGAAGUCAGAGCGGCGCCCAGAGAGCAAGAGGAUGGAGGUUCUUGGCGUCGUGGCGGCGAGGAGAAGGAGGAGCCACCGCGAGACCGCGAGAACGAGGCCGACGAAGACAACGCCCGUCGCAUCAAGAACGAGACGGACGACGACGGCUGGACCACCGUGCGGCGCUGAGCAGCCACUCGGCCUCGUGGUGGUGACCUCCUCGUGGUGAUGACCUCGUGGGGAUGACCUCGUGGUGACCUCCUCGUGGUGAUGACUUCGUGGGGACCUCCCCGUGGUGACCUCCUCGUGAUGGUGACCUCCUCGCUGACCUCCUCGCUGUGGACUCUUCCUGUGACAUCUUGUAGACUUUGUAGCUUUGGGUUGUUUUCCAUUAAUCUUUUAUUUGAUUUCAGCUGAUUUGAACCAUGUGCAGUGACUCAUGCAAACUAUCAAUGUACACAUGACUGCGCCCAGUGGUUAGGAGUGGUAUUACCUUCCAUUUAACAAUUUAAAAAAAGUAAAUUAAAUCAACUGAACCAAUGUACCUGCUCCAUCUUUCACUGCAUCACCAAUGGCCUCUUUUUAGAUAUUUAACAUGCUGGUGUAUUAUGCCAUAGAGCCUCAACUCAUAAUAAUAAUAAUAACCAGGGUGUUCAGCGAUCUCUCUUCAGCUCAUGUUCCAGAUGCUUCGAACCGUAACUGGUGACAUUUACAUUUUGAUGUGCAUGCUUACAAUAUUCCAUUGGUCUGAUAUCUUGUGGUUCUAUCUUGCUGCAAUUAAUGGUUUCCACCCAGGUUGCAUGUGUCCAGAUAAGAGCUUUAUUAAUAAAGAUGUUUGUCCACCACC